AUUUGUAGAUUACGAUGGGUGAAGAAGAAGUGUUGGAGCCUAUGAGCCCAACUGCUCAAUACUUGAUGAGCUCUGCGUUAUCAUUCACAAUUUUGGGAGUUUUGGAAAUGGAAGAUGAUAUUGAUGAUUCCAUCACCAUGUCUUUCCUCAAAGAUCACUUCUUGUCUAUAAACCCUCGUUUCUCCUCGAUUAUGGUUGCUGAUAAAAAAGGAGUGAGGAAAUGGAAAAAGGUAGAGGUGAAUCUUGAAGACAACAUCCACAGCCCAACUUUCCCUAGCGGCAUGUCGGUGGACUACUACGAUGAAUGUUUCAACGACUAUUUGUCAAAAUUAGCGACGGAACAACUUCCACAAGAUCGACCGUUGUGGGAGAUUCACAUACUCAAAUACCCUACCAAGAAUGCGGCUGGCAAUAUCAUAUUCAAAAUCCACCACUCCUUAGGUGAUGGCUACUCCUUGAUGGGAGCCCUCCUGACGUGCCUCCAACGCGUAGACGAUCCGUCGCUACCACUAACAUUUCCGUCGCUACAUUCGAGCACAGAUUCGGGGACCCGUUGUAAUUCCUUUCUACGACGGGUUCCUAGGAUUUUUACCGGCAUCGUUCACACGGCUUACGGUUUCGGGUGGAGCCUCCUCAAGAGCACCUCGAUGAAGGAUGAUAAAUCACCGAUCAGAUCGGGUGUCGACGGGGUAGAAUUCCGACAGUUCGCGACGACCACAAUUGCAUUUUCCAUCGAUCAGCUCAAGCAAAUCAAGAACAAGCUCAACGUGACUAUUAAUGACGUCAUUACCGGCAUGAUAAUGUUGGGAACUCGACUAUACAUGCAAAAAAUAGAUGAGGAUUCAUGCAAAUCAAACACCACAGCCCUAGUAUUGCUCAACACUAGGGCUAUUAAAGGGUACAAAUCUAUUGAUGAGAUGAUCAAACCUAAUUCAAACACAUCAUGGGGCAACCAGUUUGCAUUCUUGCAAGUUCCUUUACCUAAAUUAACUCAAUCGAAACUUCUGGACCCACUUUAUUUUGUCAAGAAAGCUCAUCGGCUGAUCAAGAACCAGAAAAACUCUGCUGCAGUUUACCUUACCGGCCAAUUCCUUAAUUUUAUUAGAAAGGUGAAAGGUCAUGAGGCAACGGCUCAACAUAUUCGUGCAACAUUAAAAAACACAAGCAUGGGAAUUUCAAAUAUGGUGGGCCCCAUUGAACCAAUGGCUUUCGGCCAUCAGCCUUGUAAAGGACUCUAUUUCGUGGUUGCGGGCCCACCCCAGAGCCUAUGUAUAACAAUGAUAAGCUAUGUGGGGAAGUUGAGGAUUGCAUUGACAUCGGAGAAAGGAUUCAUUGAUCAAAAUAAGUUGAAGCCGUGUAUUGAAUAUGCGUUUGAGGUCAUCUACAAAGCUGCCCUUGAAGCCUAGACUAUUGUGUGUGCUUACAUAUAAAUACAUGACAAUAAAUAUAACACUUUGGCUAGAUGUGAAUAGUAAUGAAUGAAUGUAUUUUUAAUUGAUAAAGGGUCCCACCAUUUUAUAAAUGGCGAGAUUUAGUCGAGGAGGCUUGACUCAAGCGCCAACACUGAAGCACUAAAGACUGUCUUCCAAAAGGUUAUUGAUUCAAGUCCUACCGACGAUGUGUGGAUUGUAUUUUGUUUUGGAUAUUGGGUUGUACUUGUAUUUGUUUGGAUGGAUAUGUGUCUAGUUUGUAUUGUAAUAUUAUACUUCCUCCGUCCACGAUAUCA